ACCAUGAUGAUCUUGUGGAGCAGCUGAGCUGGACCUUUUGCCAGAGUUUGCGAGUUGUUCGGAAGAUUGUGUACAGUUUUAUAUAAUUUUCUUUGGGCUUUGGGAUUGUCAUUGCUCUUGCAGAACUUGCAACUUGCAGAAGCACAGUGGUCUACGUACAGUGAAAUACAAUGAGAUAAAGAUCUACUUCAUUUUUGCUACUUCCAUGAACUCCAUCCAACUUUGUGAUACUCUUGUUUCUGGCACAACAUGGAAGGAGGCAUAAACUUCAUAGCUGGUUGGUUUGGUGGUGUAGCCAGCAUUUUUGUAGGACAUCCCUUUGACACAGUGAAGGUUCGUCAGCAGACGUUGAGAGACUCUGCAAAACUGUGGCAUUCUGUCAAAUCUACAUAUCAAUAUGAAGGGAUACCUGGCUUUUUUAAAGGAAUUCUUUUUCCCUUGUUAUCUAUUGGUGCAAUGAAUUCAGUAUACUUUGGUAUAUACACCAGCACACUUCGUCGCCUGAACACCUUAAAGUAUGGCGAAAAAUCUUUGGACCCCUCAUAUACAGACAUAUACCUGGCAGGUUGUGCUGGUGGUAUUGGCCAACUCUUUAUCACAUGUCCAACUGACCUAGUGAAGAUCAAACUACAAAUUCAGAGAGAAGAUGCAAAGUCUGCUAUUGUUCGAGCAAAAGCCACAAAGCCAAUGUACAAUGGUCCUUGGCACUGUCUCUAUAGUGUGUACAGAGAGAAGGGUAUACGGGCUUGCUAUAAAGGUUUGGGAAUUCAGUUCGUGAGGGACCUACCCUCGUUUGGCCUAUACAUUCUUGUAUACGAGUUCCUUAGUAAGCAGCUGGAGGACAAAAAUGGCUCCGUGAGCUCGAUGUCGACGAUGCUCGCAGGUGGAAGCGCAGGCAGUGUGUCGUGGAUCAUCAUCAUGCCUCUGGAUGCCAUCAAAAGCCGUCUCCAGGCAGAUAGAAUAGAUAAGCCGCAGUACCGCGGCGUGUUGCACUGCUUUUCCGACACGUGCAAGCAGGACGGAGUCCGUGCACUGUUCCGUGGUUCUCUAGUGUGUGCUGUUCGCGCGUUCCCAGUGAACGCAGUGACGUUCCUCGUGUAUGAGUGGACAUUGAGUGCAAUAAGGUACUUGCUGAACGAGUCAUGAUUGUUGAUGUGCACCUUGUUAGAUUCCACAACUAAAACUACACAAAUUUCUAAUGUAAUGAAUUUAUAUUGAACAGAAAAAUUUCGAAGGUAUUCCCAUACCCAGAAACUUUAUAUCAUGACUCUGUGUACAGCACAGUACAGUUCCAAUACAAAGUAUUAAACACAUAAUAGAAGGAAAAUAUAAUGUGCUAGAGUGAAAAGAAAAAAACGAUGUAAAGGUAAAGUCAGCCACUAGGCCCGGCUAGGGGAAUAUAAGUUGGCUUUCUUAGCAAAUAGUUUGAUCUAAAGCCCUUACCUCAGCACCUUGUGUAUGGGCUGGAUGAUGUGGUGGAAUUAUUUUUUUUUAUUUGUUGUUUUAAUGGUGCUAACUGAGAGUAUGGUAUUACCUUACCUCACAUUACGUCACUGCCUCCUGCGAUGUGAUGAUUGACUGCUGUGAUCAACUGGGAAAUCAAUCCUGCAUGUGAUACAGGAAUUGGACCAAAAAUGUAUUACUUUUGUAAAUUAAUGUUAAGGUUGCUAUAUAAUUUGUUAACUUGUUAACUUAUAGAAUAACCACGGUAUAUUAUGAUAAUCUAGUGUCGCCCAACGAAUUAAAAAUCUAAGGAUUCGAAAAGUGUGUGAAGGUGUGAUAGAUUAUGCGUGCACGGUGUUUGUUCAUAUAAAUCUCUUAUAGUGCUCUGGGAAUUUAGCUCAUCUGGUCGCACAUAUGACGGAUAAAUGUGCUGCAACGUGACUUUUACGUUCAUGUACGCACUUGUCGUGUCGUUUUCAAUCGUGCUGUGACAGUAUAAUCUGAUGCUUUCAUGUUUUAAUUGUGUGAAGAGCAGACAGCGUGCAAGCUGCCUCUUACAGUCUAUGAUCGCGGCAGAUGCUAAUCUGCUCGUCUGCCGUCGCUUGCGUGACGUUCCCGAUUUUUCGUAAAUAGUUCUGCGGUUCGACCAUCUGCCAAUUUUUUCAUCUUAUCUGUUGUGUGAUCGCGUGGUUGCUUUGAACGCUGACCUUAAAUGUACAUUGUCGAUGACUGCGUGCACGUAUAACAAUUUGCAUAACUUCGUUAUGCCGACAAAGGCCAAGAAGAAAUCUUGCUCGUAUUUUUCAGCGAGCUACGUAUCGAGCUUACGUGGAAAAUAAACAGAUUAAUAUAGAUAUAUGUAAAUGCGAUUAUUGUCCUCCUGUCGCUUGCGAGAUUCGCGUUCUUGUUUGCAGAGAUGUAUCGGCGCGCACGCUUAUAUACGCCGUACAAGGGCAGGCUGCAGAUAAGACUGGUACCCUCGGCAGGCGAGACCCAGAUGCAGUGUUUAGCUUUAUCAAUAAUCAAUGCAUAAAUCCUUGUUUUGUCAAAGCCUAUUUAAAAGCAAUGUGUGACACGGUAAUUUUCAGUUACCGUACCCAUCCCAACAAUUCAUAGAAAAAACGUGGAUCGCCCUGUCCGUUAAGCCUAGUUGCUAUGACAACGUAGCAUUAUCUAUUUUAACGCAAAAACGUAUCGGCCAUCACAGAUCAUUCACUGGCAGGCACAAGCGAAGUUUGAACGGGACGUAGUAAGCGUAAUAAGACGUUUAAGCGUAAAUAAAUAUAACAGGUAACGAACGAAUCGCGUAUUAUCAGCACAGUCACUGCGUCAGCACGUGCGUGCAGGCGCUAUAAUGCUGAUUUUAAUCCAUGCAAAGUAGGUUUCCAUAUAUGAAGUUGUGACUAGAAAAUGCACAUUCGUAACUUCAGUUGCCAUGGCAAUCUGUGCACGCCUCUCGCAACACGUGAAUCGAUGGUGAUUGUCUAGAACCCUCCGUUACGUCCGAUACGAAUACGUUUUCCUGGAACUUAGUGUCUAGGUUUUCAACGGUUGUACUAGUCAUUAAUGAGGGAGACUGAUGUUUCAAAAACGCGGUAAUACAGCAAGGGUAAAAUGUAAUAUUUUGGACAUUGAGGUGGUCUUGAUCAGAAAAAAGCGAGAUUAUUUUUCCACCGCCCUGCUCAAGGACAUGAAUUAUUAGUUGAGCUAACUAAAACUUGUUGGAUUGUGAAUGCUUUAUGGUGUAAAUCGUCAGCAACACGUUCAUUCGACUAUCGCUGAGAGAGUUAGAUGUGAACAACAAUCUUGUGGUAAAUGUACUAAUGUAAUCAUGUAAUGUAAUCCGCUCAACACUAUUGCAUUUAUCAGAUUUUUUUCUCCAUGAAAAAACUGUCUUCAGUACAUGUAUUUGUAUUUGAAUUACAUGCAACAAAGAUUUAAUAAUAAUAAUAAUAAUAAUAAGGUAGGCGCCAAUGUCAAUGUUAUUUUACGUCAAUUGACUUAUAGAACCAAGUAAGUAGGCGUAGCGCGUGAAGGCAAAUGUUGCUUUCCUUGAUUUCACAAUAAAUAAUACUCCCUAA